AGCCCCCAUGGCGGCUCCUGGCGCCUUCCUCGUGCCUGUCCUCCUCCCCGUCCUCUGUGGGCUGGGUCUCUACGCUGCUGCUGCCGACAGCCAGCCAGGAGUGGAGUGUGUCCUCUUCAACGAGGAGUACAUGAACUGCACGUGGGGGAACAAAGAGAUGCCCACAGUCAACUACUCCCUCUUCUACUGGUACAAGAACACGUCUGACAAGGCAGUGGAGUGCAAGCAGUACCUGCAGCACCAGGGUGUCAGGGUCGGCUGCUACUUCAAGAAGAAUGAGCUCAUCCAGUUCCAGCCUUUCCACGUUCUCAUCAAUGCCAGCGUUGGAGGCAAGACCCUGGAGAUCUCCAGAAAGCACAUGCAGCUGCAGGACCUGGUGAAACCAGAGGCGCCUGUCAACCUGACCCUCCACAACAUGAGCAACAACCAGCUGCAGCUGACCUGGGCCUCCCCCUACCCCAGGAACGGGUGCCUGAAGCACGCUGUCAAGUACAAGAGCAACAAGGACACCAGCUGGACGGAGCUCUCGGUGAAUGGAGGUGUCUUCUCCUUACCCAGCGUGGACUAUGAGAAGUCCUACACCUUCUAUGUGCGUAGCAAGAUCAACAGUUUCUGCGGCACAACCCAGCUCUGGAGCGAGUGGAGCGUUCCUGUCAUCUGGGGCAGCAACUCCACCAGCAAGGGCACGGUGGAGGAUCUGUACUGGUUUGGGAUCCGCACGGUCCUGGUCCCCAUUGCCUCCUGCCUGCUGCUGCUGGUGCUUGUCAUCCUGCUGGUGCGCAUGGAGAGGGUCUGGGUCAUCCUGAUGCCCCGAAUUCCCAACCCCAGCAAGAAUUUUGAUGAGCUGUUCAUCACCCACAACGGCAAUUUCCAGGAAUGGACUGGAGUCCCCAAAGAUGUUGUGGAGAGCUUCAAGCCCAACUACAGCGAGAACAUCUGCUAUGUGACUGAGCUGCCACCCAAGGACAGCCACGAGCCCCUCUGGGACAGCAGCAACCAUGCACCACCUCCAAUGCCUGGGCCCCCAGCCGCCCCCAGUGAGCACAGCCCCUACCAGAACAGCUAUGGGAGGCUGUGACACACUCCUGCACCCCUGUAUGCCCCAUGCUCCAAAGCUUUGCUGCCAAACCUUACUGCUCCUCAGGCCUGCUCCCUGCUCCUGCCAUUUCUCUGCCAAAUGCCCUGGACCCCCAGUCUUCCUUCCUGCCAAUUGCCCUCCCUGCUCCCAGGUGCCCACAAGCACACCCAGGGAUGUGUCCUGGUGAGGGCAGCUGCAGCUGGGCAGGCAGGGGCCACUAGCCAAGUGAUGGGGACACACAGGAUGAGGAGUCCCAGGGGGCUAAGUGUGGAAAAAUAAGGAAAGAUAGGCAAGAAAGAUUGUAAACAUGCUCAAGUGCCUUGCAGCUGAUGUAGGGAAAACACAUAUACCAUACUCAUGUUGUUUAGCUUUGUGUAUUCAGUAAGUAGAACUUGUGUUUAGAAAACACAGGCCUGUGAUAGACUUAGUGGCACCUUAUUUAACAUGCUUGAGAUUCCUGGCCUGCUGUGGGAAAGAUCAGAUCACAGUGGUAAACCACAACUGCACAAAUCCUUGAUAAACAGUCAAAAACAGCAGGUUCAGUGAUCCUCUAGGGUGGCCCAAGAUCCACAGUGCCUGCAUCCCUGCUUAUGUGCCUGGGUGC